AUGCCAAAAGCUACGGACAAAGAAAAGGAGCGUGUAAAAUGGAUGUUCGAGUGUGAUAAUCCUACGCCUCUUGCGUUCUAUCGAUUCAUAAAUCCAACUCAUAAAUCUCGCGCGAUUGAAAAAUAUCUUAAUACUAUCAAUUCAGAUGAAGAAUACAAACAAGACUGGGAAGUAUGGAUGCAGGAAAAAAGAGCGGCUCAAGGUCACUGCUCGAUUCAGAAGACCAAUAUAAACGUUCACAAGAAAUUCAAUUCAUUAGUAGAAAGUCAGAGUGUUGAUGUAAAACAAGACGAAGGCGAAGCCGAUGACGAUCAAGAUAGGGAACGAGAUGAUCAACGAUCACAAAUAGAAAAUGGAUCUGAUGCUGUUGCGGUUAAAUCAGCGGGGGGAAAAAAUAAAAUUCAAGAACUUUUCAAUGACAUGAAGAAAUGCAAUAUAUAUAUGUUGUGUGAACCAUUUGGAGAAAAAUCAAGGAUGGAUGCGGGGGACUUUUUCGAGAGCAUUGUUCGUAACACUACUGUUGAAGUUGAUAUUCCUAAAGAUAUCAAAAAAUACCUCUCGAAUUUGCUCACUGAGGAGGACGUUGAAAAUGCGUUAUCGAGCCACUUAACAAUGGUGACGAAAAAAAAGGAUAUGAAAGCAGUAAAGCCUAAACCAAUUCGACACUAUAUGUCUCAACUUUGGCAAUCAAAAGGAUCAUAA